CACAUUCUUACUGAAUACACAACUCCUUUAGUUAGAUCAGGGGUAACUGGUUGGAGAUCUAGCCAUGAUGUGGAAUUCCAAUGUCCUGAAGACAGCUGCAUAAAAACCUUCAACUGCGACAUGGAACUCAACCACACUGCUUUUGGCCAGCACUCCAUGGAAAUUAGAACGGAAACUGUUUGUGACAGAAUUAAGACGCCAACAUCACCUGAGGAUUGGAGAAAGAUAGCCAAUGAGUUCUACCAGAGAUGGAAUUACCCAUGCUGUGUAGGAGCAGUGGAUGGAAAGCACAUUGCCAUUAAACAACCAGAUGACAGUGGCUCCGAGUACUUUAAUUACAAGCACUUCUUCAGUGUGAUACUUUUAGAUGUAGUUGAUGCUAAUUAUAAGUUCAUUUAUGUGGAUGUUGGUGCACCAGGUAGAGCUGGUGAUGCUGGAGUAUUCAAUGAGUCGACAAUUAACAGGGCUUUGCUGGACAAUUCAAUCAACCUGCCACCCCCUGUGCCACUGGAAGGGAUUGCAGAAUCGAACAUUUCCUAUCAUUUAGUAGGAGAUGAUGCAUUUUCUCUACAAAUGACCAUGAUGAAGCCCUACCCACAUAGAAAUUUGGACAAGAAGAAGAGAAUUUUCAACUACCAUCUCUCAAGGGUAAGACGUGUUGUUGAGAAUUUAUUUGGGAUCCUGGGAAACAGGUUCAGAGUAUUCCUAACUCCAAUAAAUUUGAAUCCUGACAAGGUCACCAACCUAAUUCUAGCUGCCUGUUGUUUACACAACUAUAUGGUCGACAAGAACAAGCACACAUACCUAAAUGUUCUUGAUGUUGAAACUGGUGAAAGUCACGAAAUUGCAGUGGGAGUAUGGAGAUAUGAUAAACAGUUGAUUGGAAUACAACCUGCACAGGGUCGUAAUGCAACAAAUGAUGCAAAAAGACAGAGAGAACUAUUAACAUCAUACUUUUCAUCUGAAUAUGGCGCUGUUCCAUGGCAAGAAAAAUUAUUGGGACUUGAGUGAAUAAAGGUUGAAACCAAUUAUUCUAAACAAGCAUCACAAGGAGAAUGUUAUUUUGUAAUUUGCAACUUCAUGUUCAGUGAGUUAAAUUUUUGAAUUUGACCCUAAAGUAUGUUUGUUUUGAAUGUGGUGUUUCUCCAAAAAACUUUCUGAUUCACACAUUGUUUGUUUUGAAUGUGGUGUUUCUCCAAAAAAACUUUCUGAUUUAUACAUAUACUUGUAUCCUAUUGGUUAAGGACUAUUGUUAUAUCUUUGUUUUGAUAUUCAAGCUUUUUUUAAAAAAAUGUGAGACAUGUUUGUAUAUACUGUCCAUACUCCUAUAAUAAACAAUGGGUCAGAAGAAUGAAUUCUGUGCUUUUGAAUGAAGAAAAAAAAAAACAUCUGUUGUACAGAAGUUGGAAUACCAUCUAGAAUGGAAAAAUGCUGUUGCCUUGGUUAUUAAAAAUUAAUAGUAGUUUUAAAUAUAUUAGUUUGAAGGACUGAUGUAUCAAUGGGAAUACAUAAAUAUCUAAGUAUCAUUUAGCAUGUGUAAAAUUAAGAUGUAUAUGAACAGGCAUAAGACUGUGAUGAAAGUAUGUGAAUUACAUUGGUUUUUGACAAGGUUGACAAAUAAUUUGCAAAAGAAUGCCUUUUAAAUGCCUAUAAUAGAAAUUUGAUGUUUGUAUAGGAUGUGUCCAAAACAGUAAAAAAUUUAAUAUUGAGAUGUUGAACUUUUAUAUAAUAGUUGAAAGUUACAAAGUUGCAGUU